AUGACGACUCGCACUCCCGUUUUAAGGAACAGCGAUAAGAACAACUUUGAAGCGUUAUUAUACGAUACUGAUGAAGCAGUAAUACAAUUCAAAGACUUUCUGUUCAAAAUAGGAGGAAUUAAUCCUCGGGAUAAUAUUCAUCGCACUCUGUCAAAACUAUUCACAAACGAUUGCGCUCUUAAUUGUUCGUGGAAAGGCAUUCGUAAUAAUUUUAAAGUCUCCGAUUUAUAUUUCAUUAAAAUAAUGAGAAGAGAAAUUACUUUACAACAUUCUACUUUAACAGAGGCUGGAUUUGAUAAUAUAGUGGCGGAAUGGCUGCGUUUUGCCAAACAAAGAAAACAGAGAGAAGAGAAAGGAAAACCCGCCGGACCUGAACAAAUGACUGACGAAAAUAAUUAAUACGUUUAAAAU